CCUAUAUUGCAUCUUAUUGCAACCGCAGAAUAACGUGGCUACGCUGAAAGUGUGUUUCGGAAACAAUCGCUUCCUUAACGUCCAUUUAAUAGAGUCAAGAUGCCUCACGCUUACCCAUUCCUCACUCCAGAGCAGAAGAAGGAGCUGAGUGAUAUUGCUCAGAGGAUUGUCGCCCCUGGCAAAGGCAUUCUUGCUGCGGAUGAGUCUACAGGUAGCGUGGCCAAGCGGUUCCAGAGCAUCAAUGCUGAGAACACGGAGGAGAACAGGAGACUGUACCGCCAGCUUCUGUUCACCGCAGACGACCGCGUCAAGCCCUGCAUCGGCGGCGUCAUCCUCUUCCACGAGACCCUCUACCAGAAGACAGAUGAUGACAAACUCUUCUCCCAGCUCCUUAAGGAGAGGGGCAUGGUAGUUGGCAUCAAAGUGGACAAGGGUGUGGUUCCCCUGGCUGGCACUAAUGGAGAGACCACCACACAAGGUCUGGAUGGGCUGUACGAGCGCUGCGCUCAGUACAAGAAAGAUGGGGCAGACUUUGCUAAAUGGAGGUGUGUGCUGAAGAUCACCCCCACAACCCCCUCAAGACUGGCCAUCAUUGAGAACGCCAAUGUGCUCGCCCGUUACGCUAGCAUCUGCCAGAUGGUGAGACACUUACA